ACCUGAUUUCUCCUCUCAUCAUCACAACCGACGAUGCCAGCCUCAACAUCCAUCAAGCUGAAUACCGGCGCUGAAAUGCCUACCCUCGGUCUUGGGACAUGGAAGUCGCAACCGGGAGAAGUGGAGGGGGCCGUAGAAUUCGCGCUCAAGAAUGGCUAUAAGCAUAUCGAUACUGCAACAGCGUAUGGUAACGAAGCUGAAGUCGGAAAGGGCAUUAAGGCGUCUGGUGUCGCCCGCGCUUCUUUUUUCUUGACUACGAAACUCGAUAAUCCUGAUCAGAAAGAUCCUGAGGCUGCGCUGAAAUAUUCGCUUGAGCAGCUUGGAACGGAUUAUCUUGAUCUAUGGCUCAUGCACUGGCCUGCCCCAAUGUUCGACGGCAAGACUCCUGAUAAAUCUAUUAAUUGGCUUGAUACAUGGAAGAAAAUGGAGGAAAUCUACAAGAAAUAUCCCGAGAAAGUGAAGGCUAUUGGUGUCUCGAACGUUUCUGUCGAGUUCAUGGAGCAGCUUCUGGCAAUAGCCACCAUUAUUCCUGCAAUCAACCAGAUUGAACUACACCCAUCCUGUACGCAACCUGAUGUUAUUGAGUUUUGCGCAAGCAAAGGAAUUGCUAUUACGGCCUACUCCCCGUUGGGUUCGGAGGAGUACUCGCUAUUGGAAAGUGACAUUGUCAAGAAAAUUGCGGGAAAGUACAGUGUAUCUCCUGUAACCAUCCUGCUGUCGCUGUGGGCGAACAAGCCAAAUGUAUCAGUUCUCACCAAGUCCGUGUCUAACGCUAGAAUUGAAGCAAACAAGAAGAUCAUUGGUCUUUCUGAUGAAGACAUUGGGGAGCUCGAGGCAAUAGACAAGACUUACCACUUCCGAAAAUGUCAUCCUUCUUGGACUGGCUGGGGAUCGCUCGGUUUCCCGGAUUGUCAAUAAAUUUUUACGGAUGUAGAAACGCACUUAGAUAUAAAUGCGAAUGAUUAAGAUACAUGGUACAAGUUGUGGUACUUUUUGAGUGCUGAGCAUAUGACUGG